AACCACACCCAAUUCAACCCAAGUAUUCCGUACCCUGCACUCCCAUACUACAAAAUGGCCGUCGACCCUGCCUACCAGGGCCUUUUUGAGACCUUAAAAUCCCGCUUCCAAUCCGCUACCUCUAUUGACGCCUCGAAAUGGCCAAUCCUAGCUAUGGCAACCCUCGUCGCGGGGCCUGAACCCGACUAUGCCCAUAACCUCUAUCUCUACCUCCUUAACCAACCCGAAUUUAAACAAACGGGCUCGGACGCACGCAAGACUCUGAUCCGCCGUCUACGCGAAGCCCUCGUCAAAGCCAUCCCGCUCGUCGGAGUGUGCAAGCCCAUCGAGGCGAUUCUGGCUAUUAAUGGCGUUGAGCGCGAAGAGGAUAAGGAUUACACUUUCACCCGUGAAAACUGGAAAUGCGACACUGCCAACCAUGAACGUGCAGUUGGAUGGUUCCAGAAAUUGUACGCGGGGAAUUCAUCAGGCACGUUGGAUCUGUUCCGCUCGCACCGCGACUUUGCCUGGUUAUCCAUGGAGAUCACGUACGGACUGUUCCUGUCGGAUCGGCAGGUGUUGGACGAUGUUGAUACGCAGCUGGUUGUGUUGCCGGCGAUCAUGAGCCAGAAUUUGAAGACGGAGACGCAUUGGCAUAUUCGCGGCACGAGGCGGUUGGGUGUGCCCAAGGAGGACGUGAAGGUGAUUUGGGAUUGUGUGCAGCUUGUCGCGGACUUCUUUGGGACUAAGCUGAACCGGGUGCCUACAGUUGAUGCGGUUGAGCCGGAUGUCUAGUUUACGCUUUACGUAUAGAUUUAAGGUAGAGUAUAUAGAGAGAUAUAAGACUGAAUGCAUGCAAUUAAUCAUCUAUUCGUGCUCGCAUAACCCAAUACCCUGUAUAAACCAAAACAAGAAACAAAAUGCAAAUCCCUUACUCCAUCUCAAUGGUACCCGGGGGCUUGCUGGUAAUGUCAUACACCACCCGGCAAACACCGUUGACUUCGUUUACAACCCGACGGGACACCCGCUUCAGGAACUCGCCGUCAAACGGAUACCAGUCCGCAGUCAUAAAGUCUCUGGUUUCCACCGCACGCAGCGCAAUCACCUGCUCGUGCAUGCGC